AUGAAGACCACUACAAUCACCGUUGCUCCCUUCACUAUCAACGAGAUACCAUUCUGGCCUAUCACUGUGGCAAAAACUGGUGGAAAUGCCUACUUGAGCCCCAUGCAGAGUAUUGCUCCACCAACCUUUGGUCUGACUUUGCCACAAAGUGAAGCUACUUUCCCCAUCAUCGUGAUCUCCUUUGACAAUUCACAUGUUGUUACCGUGGUGCCACAGCCGACAGCGACAUCAAUCAACCCCCCUGGAACAAGUAUCCCUAUACUCACAUACUCCGACGGGGAGGCACCCUCGAAUGGAGGGUGUAGUUCUGGCGGCGACACUACUGGUUGUAGAAAGAUCGAUUGUUCCCUCUUUGGUUUUGGGAAUAAAUGUGAAUUCUUUGGGUGUGAUGGAGGCUGUCGCUUAGGAUUCUGCAGAGGAAGCUGUGGUCCUCUCGAUUGCGGCCCUGGAUGCGGCCCUGGAAACUGUCUUCAGGCAGGAGGUGGCGGCGGCUCCGAGGAAGAAGAGACAUCCACUUCUGAAUCGUGCAGCGCAACUGCCACGGCUUCUGUCGCGAGUUUUUGUGACUAUGCCUGUCCAGAGGGGGCAUCGACAUUCUGUGCCACUCUUUGCACCUCGAUAACAAUUAUUAACUGUGAGCCUACCGCGUUUGUUAAUUUCUCCCGGGGCACUGUGGACGCAGAUGCGAUUCCACUCACAUUACUUGAGGGUUCCGAUGAGGCCAUGGCAUCCACUGCCGCAUCUGUGGCAUCCUGGUUGAACCCACUAUACACUAGCCUAGAUCUUGUCAUGACAAGUGGUACCACCAUGACUGCAUCAGCUACAGCGCCGGCUGUGACGACAUCUGCUUCAGCAACUACCGCCACCGCUAUCUCGACCUCGUCUAAAAGCACCAGCUCGUCCUCAUACUGCUCAUGUGAUGGAAGAUACGGCGUGGCACUGUCAACAAAGGCUAACAAGCCAAAAACCACCUUCCUGGUCUGUGAUGUCACUCCAGCCCUGACAAUUUCCACCGUCAUGCCGACGACGACUAGCUCCGAAACCCAGUCUGCUUCCACAGCCACCUCUGCCAGCGAGUCUACAUCCACGGGAUUUGCGCUGUUUCUGACCACCUUUUCAGCCUCGGAGUGUCCCAUUGGACUCGCAUGCGAGGGUAACGGGAAGUGGAAUGCAGUUAUGGUAGAUAGUGUUUGGAGCGAUGAAGCGGCCGUGCCCAUCAAAGGCACAUGGAACCAGUAUGGCAUGGUUGAUGGAAGUCAAGCAACAUUCUGUGAUCAGACUUCGACCUUCGCAAUCGAUGGCGACGACAUUAAAGGCUUAAGCAGCGUCAGCAGGUAUGGCUCCUAUGCUUGUAAGAAGGAACCUGUUCCUGAAGAGAAUACCUGGUAUGAUCCGGAAAAUACGGUAUCCUAUGACAUCGUAGGGGCAUGGACGUGUUUCACAGAUAUCUGUACUUAA